AUGGUCACAGAAACUGGGUGUGUGUUAAGCCAUAAAGAAAUUGUCAGAGUGUGGCGGCGGCCGCCAGACCUCCUCGCGGUGGCUGGGGCGGCGGGGAGGACGCCGGGGGCCUGCAGAAGGGUGAGGGCCCGGUUCGGAGCCGAGGGACAGCGGGGCGCGAAGGCCAGGGGGUGGUGCAGUCACCGUGAGACUGGGAAGUUCUCUGAAGGAGCCGCCGACGCUUUGGGAAGGAGAAGACCGUGUGUAAAAGUACGAUCAGGAGACGCAUGGGUUGCUGGGGAGGCGUCAGUAGACACAUCUAACAUGUCAUUUGAAGAGCUGUUGGAAUUGCAGAGCCAAGUGGGGACUGAGACAUAGUUGGCAGCUGGAAACAGUCCUAAGAAGCAAGGUUCUAGACCACGUGUCCAAAAUGCGUGUGUUGCAGAUAAGCACAGGCCUCUGGAAAUGUCAGCCAAGGUCCGGGUGCCAUUUUUGCAUCAAGUUGUCCCCAUCAGUAAGAAGGUAGCCCGGGAUCCCCGCUUUGAUGAUCUUUCAGGAGAAUAUAAUCCUGAGGUGUUUGAAACCUAUGAAUUCCUGAAUGACAUCCUAGCCAAAGAGAAAGAGUAGGUGAAAAAGCAGUUGAAGAAGCACCGUUCUGGGCAGGAGCAGGAGAAACUGCAGCAGCUGCUUCAGAGGAUGGAGCAGCAAGAACGGGCACAGCAGGAAUGCAAGCGGCAACAGGAGCUGCGCCUGGCCCUGAAGCAGGAGCAGAGGGCUCGGGCCCAGCAGGGCCAGCGGCCAUACUUCCUGAAGAAAUCUGAGCAGCGCCAGUUGGUCCUAGCUGAGAAGUUCAAGGAGCUGAAACACAGCAAGAAGCUAGAGAGUUUUUUAAGUCGAAAAAGGCGCCGAAACUCAGGCAAGGACCGGAGACAUCUCCCCUUGAGCAAAGAGUAAUAAGGAACUGUCCUGAGCUCUGCCACUGUGAGCCCAGUGAGAAAUGGAUCUGUGGGGACAGACUUUGGCUUGGCCUGUUCUGGUUCUUUUCCAUCCAAGGGCAAGAAUCUUAGCCCUUAAGCUAGGUUGGCUCAAAGAUGACUAGAGGGCUCUUGGACUGCUCCAGGGUUGGACAAGAAGAAGAGCAACUCAGCCUUGUGCUAUGCCACACUUCUCUGUUUGGAUCUGGUUCCUCGUGUCCUCAUGUCCUCCCAUCCUUGCUUUAGACCAAUGAUUGUGGUACAGAAGAGAACAGGCCAGUGAGUGAUCUUAAGGCUGGUGAAGGUCAUGAAGUCUGUAGAUGGUUCCUAGAGCUGGGAUUUUAUUUAAGAGCCAAUUCAUAAACAUUCCUGUCACUCUUC